AUGUCGCGCACGGUAAGCGGCGGCGAUUCUCCGCGGACGGACGACGUGACCGUCCUAUUGGUUGCCGGCAACGGCAGACGAAAAUCCGUCGUUGUCAAAAUGCGUCGACACCGUCCCUCGUCCAACAGCUGGUGGUCGAUGUGGUCGUAUCUCGAUGUUUUGAUGGUUUUGUGCAUUUGCACUGUAGAACUAUCGGCCAAAGGUAUAGUUAUGAACGAGCCGUGCACAGCUAUUAACAGUUGCUGUGUUCGCAACCACACUCACUCUUGGAAAGACAAAAUGCAGUUGUACUGUUCGGAGAUCCAAAGCAUACCGAUUGUUGACGAAAUAAUACACGUGCUAACUAUAGACAAUUCAGCCGGUAUUAAAGAUUUAUCGGAAAAAUCGAUUAGUCGAUAUAAUAAUCUGACAGAUAUAGUAUUGAACAACAUGACAAACCUAGAAAAUUUGGAUUCGUCCAUUUUCAAAAACUUAAAUAAAUUGAAGUCAUUGUACAUAAUUAGAGCUAGUGCCUUGACCGAACUACCCUACGAUAUAUUUCUUGAUCUAUCAAAAACGCUUUUAGUACUUCGUGUAAGUAAAGCGAACCUAAAGGUCAUUCCCGAUCUUUCAGACCUCGGAACUCUGACUGCGAUGCACACAAUCGAAUUUGAAGGAAAUCAGUUGGACAUAUUACGAACGAAUGGAAUUAGAACUCGAGCAGACCAGUUAUUAUUGGAAUAUAAUAAAAUACACGUAAUAGAAAAUUGGGCGUUCAAUGGUUCUGAAAUUUCAAAACUGAGUUUGAGAGGAAAUUAUUUAGAUUUUUUGUCCGAACACAGUUUUGAUGGAAUUUUAAACUUACGGACACUAGACUUGUCACAUUCCUCUGUGAAAUUAUUACCGACGUCGGGGUUGCAAAGCUUAGAGAUACUUCGCAUCGAAAAUGCUCCUCUAAUGACUGUGAUUCCUUCAGUUUACUUAUUUAGUAAUUUAAAAGAAGCUCAUCUCACGUAUUCAUUCCACUGUUGUAGUUUUCAGUUUCCAGCUAAACAUGAUUAUGCGACAUACGACUUCGAUAAAGACGGCCCUCAAACUCCGAGUGAAUGCAUUCAAGCGAAAAAAAAAGACGUUAAUAUAAAUAUGGUGUCCACCGAUUUGAUGGAAAACGGUUAUAUUGAUUACGCAAACGACAGCGAAGAAGAAUUUUUUAACGAGCCGGCCAUAACAAACAGUACCCUGGACGUUAUGUGUGGCAAUAUCACUCCGCAAAACACGAGAUCCGAAGUCCAGUGUUGGCCACAACCGGACGCCUUGAACCCGUGCGAAGACAUAAUGGGUUUCUAUUGGCUUAGAGUGUGCGUUUGGCUGGUGGGAAUCACUGCGUUGCUGGCAAACUUGGUCGUGAUGACGGUGAUUUUCCGUAAAAAUUUCAACUACUCCGUGCCUAGGUUCCUGAUGUGUAAUUUGGCUUUCGCCGACUUUUGCACGGCCAUCUAUUUAUUGCUAUUGGCCUACAAGGAUUUGGAGUCAAGUGAAAAGUAUUUCAACUACGCUUAUUCGUGGCAAAACGGCGUCGGGUGCAAAAUCGGAGGUUUCCUGACAGUUUUCUCGUCUCAACUAUCAGUUUUCGCAUUAUGCUUGUUAACGCUUGAACGGUGGUACUCAAUUCGCAGGGCACUGUACACAAACAAAAUGACGUUCGCUUCAACCGUGAGAAUAAUGGCCUUUGGAUGGGUAUAUUCAAUUGCGAUGGCUACCAUGCCGUUACUGGGCAUAUCAAGUUAUUCUACUACCAGCAUUUGCCUGCCGAUGGACACGGCCCACGCGAGCGGCAUGUGCUACGUAUUCACUCUGUUGGCUUUCGGUGCGGCGGCGUUCGUGUUGAUGCUAUUUUGCUACGUUCAAAUUUACAUGUCACUUAGCUACGAGACCCGACACGCGGCCAAGGGCGAGGCGUCCGUGGCCCGCAAGAUAUCCGUUUUGAUCGGCACAAACUUCGCUUGCACCGCUCCGGUCAUCUUCUUCGGCUUCACCGCACUGCUCGGCUACCCGCUCAUCGACGUCACCAAGUCAAAGAUACUGCUCGUGUUCUUCUAUCCCAUCAACUCGUGCGCCAACCCGUUCCUCUACACCAUACUCACGGCCAGUUUCAGACGCGAAGCCUUCUCAACCGUCGCCAAGUGA